AUGCGCCUAUGCACAAUCUGCGGCGCGGACGAGACAAGACAAUACCCUGCCAAUGCUCCAAGAAGCAAUCUCCUGUGCUACUCCUGCCUAGAACUCAAGAAUCUUGAAGCCCAGAUUGCCGACAUCGACCUUUUCAAGUCCAACCACACAGAUGACUACUUCACCCACCGAUUCCCUCCAGAAAUCGCUUCCCACAUCUUCGAGCUUGCCAUCUCGAGCCCAGAAACUCCUGAGCACAAGCAUCUCAGCCCUCUGACUCUCGGUGUUGUAUCGAGAAGGUGGCACGAGAUCGCGUGGUCGACGCCGGGGUUGUGGACGCAGGUCUCCGUCAACCUCAAGGCGUUCUUUGACCGCCCAAAGGAGCUUCUCCUGCGGUGGAUUGAACGAACCGGCCAACUUCCCCUCUCGAUUCACAUAUUCUACGAUUACGAUGUGUCGGCCCAACACGCCGCAAGCUUCACGGAUGUGUUCGGGAUCAUCAAUGAGCACGCUUCGCGCUGGGAGACGUUGAGCCUCAGGAUGCCGUUCUCGCUGUACCCUCGUCUCCGUUCCAAGCGCGACAAAGUACCGCUCCUCAAACACAUCACCAUUCAGCCGCCCCGUUUCAUCGAGGACUAUGUGUUCGACUACAAAGGGGAAAUCCUUGAUGUCUGCGCCGUUCCUCCUCUUCCUCAGACCGUCAUGAUCAGAGAAUCUCCAUUCACUUCAAUCCGUAUUGAUUGGUCCAACGUCACGACGCUGUAUUUCAGCCAAAUUUCCGUCAGUGAUUGUCUGCGCCUCUUCCAGCAGGCUCCGCAGAUAUCUCAAUGCUCGAUCGACAUUACCCACAGCGACUCGCAUGUCCGCUGUCCUGCUUUGAACCCUAUCACCCUCCCUCACCUAACGAAAUUGCAUAUUCACUUUAUCACCAGUGACGUGACAGUGGCGGGUACUUUCCUCGACAGCAUCACCCUUCCAGCACUGACGCACCUCGAAUACAACGAGGCAGUUGAUUAUAUAGCUCUGGCUGCGCUGCUCGCUCGCUCAUCGUGCCCUCUCAUCCACCUCAACAUCGGGUAUUUCAAGGACCGUAUGCCGUCGACUCAAAGCCUCCUUCAGGUAUUGCACACCAGUCUGAGCCUCGAAGACCUUCACAUCAAGAUGACGCAGCUGCCAAAGGACUUUUUCGAUUCUCUUUCAGUUCCUCCGGGUAACAACCUCUCCGACCGAGCUAUAUUACUCCCUCGGCUGCAAAGUUUUUCUUAUCGUGGCAAGUUAACAUUCGAUUGGAUCUCAUUCAUCAACUGCCUCGACUCGAGACUGUUCAUCCAAGGAGAGGGUGGCGGGCCUUUGCUUCACUCGAUCGACCUGACGUUCUAUACCAUUCGGCGGCACUCGAAUCCGCUAUUGUACUACAUCGAUGAGGGAGCAGCAGCUCGCAUUCGCCGCUUUCAAGUUGAGCGCGGGAUAGAGGUGCGAAUCAUGAAUGGCUUGGAGGAUAUGCUGCAGUAUUCGAUAGAGGCGAGUACUCGUUGA